AUGUCGUCGAACAUUGUGUUCGAGCAGGUGGGCGGCCGAUGCAAGAUGGUUGACGACGACAAUGUGGUCAGCGGCACAGUUGCGCAUCUCGCCAUGUCCGCCUCGGUGCAGACUCUGACGCUCCAAGAAGUUGAGAACGACAGACUUCGCCGUCAAUCGUGGCUGUUGAAGGCAAAAUUCCAAGUCGACCGCUUCAUGGAGAAACACGGUUUCCGAAUGGGUUCUGAUGUCAAUGUACCCAAAAAGACCGCAUUUGGACUGCGCCGCACAUAUCCGCUGCUCAUGGCGGCCUGUGAUCAAGACUGGCACAUGGUGUGCUUGCUCUUGUAUUUCGGUGCCAAUCCUCUUCAGCGUGACAGCUCUGGCCGCACAAUGUUCAGUUCAUGGAAGGGCACGAAGUCCCUGAGCAGGUUCGCCAGUUCCUCGGACAGCCUCAGGGUGCACUUCCUGACUUCAUUGGACUUUGAUACUCAUUGGACAGUGUUCCUGAGGGAUGAGACAUUGCUCAUUUUUUCUAGGAUACGGGCCUCUACAAAAAUUGGAUCCCUCAGCAUCAACACUGUUUGCUCGCGCCAGUUCCGAGGAGACUCCAUGUGA